CUGGAUUCUUCGUCAUUUCUCCCGCAACCGUCCGAGUUUCUUCCUUCGCCGUCUUCUCCCUUGUUGGUUUUCGACUGGCGCUCGGGAAACCUCUCGCUCCUGAUCAUCGGGAACGUUCAUCUUCUUCUCCGUCUCAGGUCUAAGAUCAUAGCAGAGAGCCGGGAACGUUGAAGGGACCAUGGCCAAGCAUCACCCUGAUCUGAUAAUGUGCAGGAAACAACCUGGAAUUGCCAUUGGAAGGCUGUGCGAGAAAUGUGACGGCAAAUGCGUGGUUUGUGAUUCAUAUGUGCGCCCAUGCACUCUUGUCCGUAUAUGCGACGAAUGCAACUACGGGUCCUUCCAAGGACGGUGUGUCAUAUGCGGAGGAGUUGGAAUCUCGGAUGCUUACUACUGCAAGGAGUGUACACAGCAGGAGAAAGACCGAGAUGGCUGUCCCAAGAUCGUCAACCUCGGGAGUGCGAAAACCGAUCUGUUCUACGAACGUAAGAAAUACGGGUUCAAGAAAAGAUGAUGGGUUUUGAUGGGUGCUCUUGUUCUUGCACAUCCGUCCUUUACAAUCUCAACAACCCGAAUCUUAUCAUGCCGGGUCAGUGUUUCUCUCUUCCAUUGUCUGCCUGCCCCAUUGCGGAAAUCUACAAACUUUAGGAAUAUGUGUGAUGUGGUUCCAGGAGAAAAAGAAAAGGAUGGUGGGUUUCAUGUGUUAAUCCAUUUGUUUUUUUGUAUUAGAAGUUUCGUGCAUAACAAUAUGGUUCGUAGCACCCCAUGAAUUCCAUCUUUUGGUGGUCUAGUGAAGUAUGUUGUCUGCAA